AAACAAUUUAAAAAGGAGGAAUAAAAAUGAAAAUGUGGGAUAUAGGUGGAUAAGUAUAAUAUAGAAGUGAAUGGGGGUUAUAUACAAGAGAUGCUGAUGCAAUUUUAUUUGUAAUUGACACAUCUAACCGAGAUACAUAAGCUAUUUCAAAAAGAGAACUACAUACAUUAUUGGAAGAUAAAGAAUUAUAAAAUAUACCUAUUUUAAUUGUUGGAAAUAAAAUAGAUUUAAAAGGUCAUUUAAGUGAAAAAGAAAUUAUUGAAGGUAUGAAUUUAGAUUAUGUUACAACUAAUCCAUGGAUUGUGGUUAUGGUAAGUGCACUUAAAGGUGAUAAUAUUAGCCUUAUUAUUGAUUGGUUAAUAAAAUAAAAUAAUAAAAAAAAAAAUUGA